CAAAAUUAGUUAAUCUUCGGAAAUUAUUGAGUAUUGUCAUAUUUGACGUAUUUCAUGUGACAGAGACAAGAAAAUCACCCGAAAUAUUUACACGAAUGGGAAGUUAACUUUCUAAUGACCGACGCACGUCAAACUUUUAGUAAUACACCGCUGGGGUUACUUUGUGUUUCACAAUGAAAUCUUUCUUAAUAACAGGAGCAAAUCGCGGCCUGGGACUCGGUAUGGUGAAGUACCUAACUAAAAACAACAAGGCCAGGAUUAUAUUUGCGACCUGCCGGAAACCUUCCGAGGAAUUAACAAAAUUAUCUCAAGAACAUAAGAAUCUACACAUUUUAAAUCUAGAUGUUACAAAUUUCACAAAAAUUGGUGAGAUAGCGUCAGAAGUUUCUAAAGUAGUAGGAAGUCAAGGAUUAAACGUUUUAAUAAACAAUGCAGGUGUGACUACAAAAUUCACAAAGCUCCAAUUAGUAAAAGCAGAGCAGUUAUUAGAAAAUCUAACUGUCAACACUAUUGCACCAAUUAUGUUGACCAAGAGCCUUCAUCCGAUUUUAAAACAAGCCGUUGAAGCAAACAGUGAUAAGAUGAUAGGUGCACAGCGGGCCGUCGUCAUAAAUAUGAGUUCGAUUCUUGGAUCUAUAGCACUGAAUGACCAAGGAGGCUUUUAUCCCUACAGAUGUUCUAAGGCAGCAUUAAACGCAGCUACUAAAUCAAUGAGUAUUGAUUUAAAAAAGGAUCAAAUUGUUGUAGCCGCGUUGCAUCCAGGUUGGGUAAAAACGGAUAUGGGUGGGAAAAAUGCGCCACUAGAUGUCGACACUAGUGUUUCUGGUAUUUUUAAUACUAUAGAAAAACUAAAGGAAGCAGAUAGUGGAAAAUUUUUACAAUAUGACGGUACUGAGUUGGCUUGGUAAAUAUAGAUUAUAAAUUGAAAUGACUACUAACUCAUAUUUGUAUACAUAUAUAUUUCUCAUCAUAGUCUUGGUUUUAGUCUUAGGUAAAACUCAUACUCAUCUCAUUGCAUAUUUUUAAUUUAAAAGGCUACUUAGGUCAGAGGAUAUAGGUUUAUAACAAACAUUUUUGAAUUUUAUAUGCACUUCUUGAAAUUAUAAAUAUAUUGGUCUAUAUAUG